AUGUCCACACCAGAGAUAAGGCUCGAUUCCGAGCCGGAAAAGAGUGCUUCGGUGCUUGGAAAUACAAUUCCAUCGGAAAAUCUUCGACGUCGAAAUAUUGAUUUUCGGAUGCUCUUUGUUAAAGCUUUCACCAGUAUACUUUUAAUCCUCUGUUUGUUGGCCCUCGCUCUCAUUCUCAUUGGUGCCUUGGAGUCUUCCGGUUCAAAUGCAGGACACCACGAAUUGGUGCACGAAGAGCCUCCGAGCCUACCCCACCAGCAUGGCGACGGUGGAGCUGACCUCAUCGCAAGGGACUUGAGAGAAGCCGCCGAUAUCGUUGGGAGAUACGCAUACCAAUCUAUUCGUCAUUCUAAAAAUGGGAAGCCACCAAAGCCGGAUCAAGUUGCCCCACUCGUCGAGUUAGUAGAGAACGGAAAGACUAUUACCCUUCGUGCGAGCCAUACUCAUCCGAAUCAUGUGCCACACAGAGUUCCCCGUGAUGUUGAGCCCGAGGAAAGCUCUGUUACGUCCGCUUCUCAUACCCCUCACCCCCCCGGUCCCGUUAUUCACAAUGCUGCAGAUCUCGAAGAUAUCCUUUUUGACGUCGAAAAAUCGAAAGAACGCAGUGGGGGGUUAGAUAUAGUCCACACUGAUCUCACGACUCGUACUGUUGCAUAUUUAACGGACUCAUCUGGGACACACUUUCAGGUUUCUACGAUCGAGUUAUAUCACACUCACUCCAAUGGAAAUACACCAUUUGCUCCUGAAAUAAAUACUAGUCCUGGCGAAGGGGACGACUUGCAAGCACUAGGAUAUAGGCCCACUAGUUCGGUCGGACUAGAGACAAGUUUUCCAAGCCUUGAGGAUUUGGACAAUAUAGCAUCUCCAACUGCUUCCCCGGCCCAAAUCAGCAGCGCAGUUCAACAACAGGAGACCAAUAUAGUUACACCGACCUCACACCGGAUAUCGAAGGUUGCGCCAAUUGUCAUAGACUCUAAUAAUCCCAAUCAUAUCCGCCUUCCAGGUAAUAGUGCGUACAAUGCGAGUCACGGAGAUUCUAGCUACACACACAACCAUACUCAUCUUUCGGUAGGCCAUGACGAUGGAGAUGGAGACAUGCCAGGCCUCAAUACUACCACAGCUGCCCGCACUAUCACAAGGGCCCCUCGCUUGCCUCAGGUCACUGAAUCAAUUAUUGCCGAUGCUUUUUUCAAUAUUAAUAGGACUGUUACACAUGUCUCUGGUCCCACCUGGAGGCAGGUCACCACCCCAAGGCCACCGGCGCCACCAGUACCUACCAAUCGUGUCGUUGGUCCCAUCGAAACCAUGUUCGAGCCGGCCAUAAAUGUAACCUUUGAACUUAUUCCUAUGGAGGCCGAUGAUCCAGAAUCUCCUUUCUCUGUCUACUGGAACCCGAUUGCAACUGGGGCUCCUACGAGAGCGGAUCAUAUUUCCCUUGCGUCUAGCUGGAGGGCCAAUGGUGGGAAGUAUCCAUCUAUGCCCACCCGUUAUGAUAUUGUUUGGGAUCAUCGCACGAACACUACCUGGAAUAAGACUGUCGAGGGUACCUGGGAUGACUGGAUCGAUGUUUAUGUUUCGAUCACUACACAAUAUCCUGCACCUCCCAAGACUCCGGUCCCAGCAGUCCCAACGUCACCAGGCCAGCCAGAAUACGAUCCGAUAACGAAUCCUAGCUUCACCUUUGGACCGGGCCCAAACUGGGUAGGCCCAUCAUCCGAAAGCUCCAGUGUUGAAGCACAUACAUCAACUCCGACGGCUCCAAAGGGAACUGACCUACCGGCACUUCCUAACGGUCGGACUACGACAUUCCCAACCCCAACGGAUGAGUCAACCGCUUCACCGAGACCUUCACAAAUUUUAAAACAAGAAAUCGAUAUGCACUACCCAGUUCCAUUCUUCCCUAAUGGUCCCGAAAAAUAUAAAGUCUGGUCCGAGUGGAUUGGUUACUGCAGCGUCAUCAAGCAUAUCAAUUCAAAGAACGAGCCCCGCAACCCGUUGCGCCCGUUUGGGAUUGUUGAUGGAUGGGGUGGUGACUAUCAUCAGAAUUUGUGCGCCCGGGGCAUCAAUUACUACAUUCACAUAGACAAUGAGAGCAUUGCUGGGCAGUACUGGCAAGCUACUCUCAUGUGGGACCGCAAUGUCUCCGAAGCUGGAUAUGCCGAUAUUAUCCCUAGCUGGAAGACAUAUCCUCAGAUGGUUGCUGAGAAUACCCAAGACCUUCUCCGACCUGAAUGGAUUGCUGGCUGCGUCGUUAUUUUGCAUCACAACGGAACCUCAAAUUGGGGUAACCAGUUCUUGAUAAAUUCUGGAAAAAACUUUGACCCCCAUGGAAGACGGUACACCUCCGGCGAUAGGAAUACAGUUAAUCCCCCCCAAAAAUGUAGAAGGCUCGAUAUGCUUUUGCAUAUUGAGGAGUACCAUAACAUUAAUGGCUUCGUAAUCGGAGAUUGGUGGGUUACUCCGUCGGAUGACGAGCCUUUCUACGUCAGUCCUUCGGAUGCUGUAGUCACUCUUUAA